CACAGAUCGGUAUUUCUUUGAUUGUUUCCGCGUCGACUUUUAAUCAUUUUGGUAGUUCACCGCUGUUUAGCAAUAAUUUUCAACCAUGGCUCGUCGUUAUGAUUCCCGAACCACAAUUUUCUCGCCGGAAGGCCGACUAUAUCAGGUUGAAUACGCCAUGGAGGCUAUUUCACACGCUGGAACCUCGUUGGGCAUUCUGGCUGAGGAUGGGAUACUAUUGGCUGCCGAGCGACGCAACAUAAACAAACUGUUGGACAAUGUAAUCUUCUCGGAGAAGAUUUACAAACUGAACGACAACAUGGUGUGUUCGGUGGCCGGCAUUACAUCGGAUGCGAAUGUCCUCACUAAUCUUUUGCGGGUUAUCGCGCAACGGUAUCAACUGAAUUACGGCGAGGCAAUGCCCUGCGAACAGCUAGUAUCGCAUCUAUGCGACGUUAAACAAGCCUAUACGCAGUAUGGUGGCAAGCGUCCUUUCGGUGUCUCCAUUCUGUACAUGGGCUGGGAUAAACACUACGGAUACCAGCUAUAUCAAUCGGACCCCAGUGGAAACUACGGUGGAUGGAAAGCUACAUGUAUUGGAAAUAAUUCGGCGGCUGCAGUAUCCGCCUUGAAACAGGAACUUAGUGACAGUGUCAUUAGUCUGGUUCAGGCUCAGGAUUUAGCUGUUAAAGUUCUUUCCAAGACCCUGGAUAUGACCAAGCUCACAUCAGAGAAAAUUGAGAUGGCUGUUCUUACGCGGGAAAACAAUAAAACGGUCAUCAAAAUUUUGUCAAGCACUGAAGUGGAUGCGUUGAUUGCAAAAUACGAAAAAACGGAAGCUGAAGCGGAGGCCGCAAAAAAGGAAAAGUUGGGACAGAAGUCCUAACAUGCUAAUAAGGUGUUGGUUUAAGC